GCAUACUCUUUUCGCCUAAGAUGCCCUAAAACACAACCCACACUCACGCCUCCGUCACGGAACCUUUAAACCCUCGCAAAACCCUCCGAUAUCACCUGCUUCUGCUUGCUUAUCAUCACAUCAAUGGCGUUUAAGAACCAACAAGGCGAUCAAUCAAACAAGAGAAAGAGAAUUCCAGGCGGAACAAAAGGCGGCGAUGGAGGGAAAACCAGUCAGAAGAAGAAACUCAAAACGCCCUCCAACGACCAAUCUAACAAAGGUUUUAAGAAGCCAUUCAGUUCCUCUAAGCAUCACCAUGGAAAGGCCGACGGUAAACCUAGAUUCGAUAAAUCGGACACAGCUCAGAAUGUGCCCAAAACCAAGCGAGAACUUCGUUUACAAGCCAAGGAGCUUGCUGAAGCUAGGAAGAAAAAGAGAAAGCCUCAUUACACCCUUGAGCAAGAGCUUGCUUUACUAUGGGAAAAGAUGAGGCGUCGAAAUAUUGGGAAGGAAGAUAGAUCCAAGUUAGUGAGCGAGGCUUUAAGGAAGAUGAAGGGUAAAAUUCAUGAAAUUGCAGGGUCCCAUGUUUCUUGCCGGGUACUUCAGACUUGUGCCAAGUAUUGUUCACAAGAUGAAAGGAAUGCUGUUUUUGAGGAGCUUCGUCCACAUUUUCUCACCCUCGCUUGCAACACUUAUGCAGUGCAUCUCAUUACAAAGUUGUUGGAUAAUGCCUCAAAGGAACAACUGGCAGAGUUUAUUUCUUCUCUCCACGGGCAUGUUGCUUCUCUUCUACGGCAUAUGGUUGGUUCAGUUGUUGUUGAACAUGCUUAUCAAUUGGGAAAUGCCACUCAAAAGCAAGCUCUUCUUAUGGAAUUAUACUCCACUGAGCUUCAGUUGUUCAAGGAUCUUGUUUUAGUGAAGGAACGCAGGUUAGUGGAUAUAAUUUCCAAGCUGAAUCUGCAAAAAGCGGCAGUAAUGAGACAUAUGUCCUCUGUGUUUCAACCCAUCUUGGAGAAAGGAAUAGUGGAUCACUCUAUCUUACACACGGCACUUGUUGAGUACUUCACUAUUGCUGGCAAGUCUUCUGCUGCAGAUGUUAUUCAACAUUUGGCAAGUGCACUUCUUGUGCGGAUGAUCCAUACAAAGGAUGGAUCCAAGAUUGGGAUUCUGUGCAUCAAACACGGCAGUGCACAGGAGAGAAAGAAAAUUAUAAAAGGAAUGAAGGGUCAUGUCAGUAAGAUAGCUCAGGAUAGAUUUGGCAGUAUGGUGCUCACGUGUAUUCUCUCUGUUGUUGACGACACACAGUUGAUAAAAAAGAUCAUUAUUCGUGAACUCCAAGCAGUACUAAAGGAGCUGAUUUUAGAUAAGAAUGGAAGGCGCCCUUUAUUGCAGCUUCUUCAUCCAAAUUGUUCUCGUUAUCUUAGUCCAGAUGAUUUGUCUUUGUUAGAUUCGUCCAUACCUUCUUUACUAAUAAAGGGUGACUCGGAACCAGGAACCGAUGUCAAAUCUUCAGAGGUUGAAGGUGACGAGAAUAUGAGUGAUGCAGAGGAGAAUGUGCAAUCAGUAGUAGCGGGUGGGAAAAAAGAUCCCAUCUUGCGAAGAAAAGAGUUGUUGGUUGAUAGUGGACUUGCCGAGAGUCUUAUUGACGCAUGUUGCGAGAGUGCAGAGGAAUUACUUCGAUCAAAUCAUGGGAGAGAGGUCUUGUUUGAGGUUGCUUCGGGUGGUGCGGAUGGAAUCCUCCGCCCACAUUUGGAUGAGAAGUUGGAUUCUCUACAUGAAGCUAUAGCAACUAGGGUAGCACUACCUAAAUCAGAAGGGCAAGAAGAGGAGCAUCUUCUAGAGAAUUUUCAUUCUAGCAGGACAAUAAGAAAAUUGAUUCUAGAAUGUCCCUCUUUCGCCUCCACUUUGUGGAAAAAAGCUUUUAAAGGGAAGUGCAAGACUUGGGCCCAAGGUCACAGCGCAAAGGUGGUUUGUGCAUACUUGGAAACCUCGGAUCCUAUGGUGCUUAAACUGGCAAAGCAAGAGCUGCAGCCGUUACUAGACAAAGGCGUACUUAAAUUACCCGAGAACAACCAACCAAGAAAGCAGGCUAAGCAACUGUAGCCAGAUGAGCCCCGAACUUGGCAUGUCUUGUAUCUUCUUCAUGCGGUUUUUUACUUGCAACUCGAGCUUUCAAUCGGAUUUUUGUGCAUUAAUUGCGGAACUAGACAUGUCUUGAAUCGUCGUUACUUAAACGAGUAUACACAUAAGAACAUUGUAUUUUAAAUUUAGUAAUCAAAAUUGUUGUUUUUUUUGCCAC